CGUCAGCUGACCGGCGGCGCCUACCCAGGUGCGCUCCGGCGGCGGCACAGAGCGGGCAGCGGGGAUCGGUAGCGUAUCCUGUUCUCCGCACGCUCCUCUUGUUUCCUGCGGGAGAGGAGCGAGGAAUCCCUCCUCUCUCUGUCUCUCUCUCUUUCUCUGCUCCCGCAGCUCGGCUUGGGGGCACCGCAGCAGCCCCCGGGGAGAGCCGCGGUCAGCGACCCCCGGUUGUUGUCCUGCAUUUCAGUGUGGAAGGGAGGAGCUGCGAGCAAGGUCUUGUGAAACUGGCUUUUCACCUCGGAGUGGAAGUUAUUUGGUUGGCUGUCAGGAAAGCUGAUCAAGUCAAAUGAUUGUAUCUGGAAUAUCUUCAGAUACUGGUUUGAAGGCAAUUCUAGAACACGGAGGAGUAGCUGAGAGUCUUCAGACCAUUUCUUGUCUUCUCUAAACUCAGAAAAUCAUCUUUCAUCUUCUGGAUGCCCAAGCCUUUUACCUUGAACUUUAAGCUUCGCAUUUUCUGCCUGAUAACAAAUUACUCUUUCGAUCUGUUGUUAUUUUAAGAGGCUGGGGAGCUGAACUCACUAGCUGACCAGCAUGGCGAAGGUUAGAGUCAUUUUAACUGUUUGCCAUUUGGUGCUAGAAUUGUUAAUGAAUUCAUUAACUGAGUCUUCCAUACAGAGUAAUGAAUGUCCACAGCUUUGUGUCUGUGAAAUCAGGCCAUGGUUUACACCACAGUCAACAUACAGGGAAGCCACAACAGUUGACUGCAAUGACCUUCGAUUAACAAAAAUCCCCAGCAAUCUUUCCAGUGACACUCAAGUCCUUCUGUUACAAAGCAACAACAUUGCAAAGACCACAGAUGAGCUCCAGCAGCUGUUUAACUUAACAGAAUUGGAUUUUUCUCAAAAUAACUUCACAAGUAUCAAAGAUGUGGGGCUAUCAAAUCUCACUCAACUUACUACUUUGCACCUGGAGGAAAACCAGAUAACGGAGAUGACUGACUACUGCUUGCAAGACCUUUGCAAUCUUCAGGAGCUAUAUAUAAAUCACAACCAGAUCAGCAGCAUUUCUGCAAAUGCAUUCUCCGGCCUGAAGAAUCUUUUGAGAUUACAUCUCAACUCCAACAAAUUAAAGGUUAUUGACAGUCGGUGGUUUGAUUCUACUCCUAACUUAGAGAUUCUCAUGAUUGGAGAAAAUCCAGUGAUUGGAAUACUAGAUAUGAAUUUCAAACCACUCUCAAAUUUAAGGAGUCUGGUUUUGGCAGGUAUGUAUCUCACAGACAUUCCCGGCAAUGCCUUAGUAGGCUUGGAUAGUCUUGAAAGUCUUUCCUUCUAUGACAACAAGUUGGUAAAAGUUCCUCAGCUUGCACUUGAGAAAGUUCCAAAUUUAAAAUUCCUGGAUCUCAACAAAAAUCCAAUUCAUAAAAUUCAAGAAGGUGAUUUUAAAAACAUGCUCAGAUUGAAAGAGCUUGGAAUCAAUAAUAUGGGAGAACUCGUUUCUGUUGAUAGGUAUGCACUGGACAAUCUGCCUGAACUUACAAAGCUUGAAGCCACCAACAAUCCAAAGCUGUCUUAUAUACAUCGUUUGGCAUUUCGUAAUGUUCCUGCCCUGGAGAGCUUGAUGCUGAACAACAAUGCCCUGAAUGCAGUCUACCAAAAGACAGUGGAAUCCCUUCCAAACCUGCGUGAAAUCAGUAUCCAUAGUAACCCACUCAGGUGCGACUGUGUCAUUCACUGGAUCAACUCAAACAAAACUAACAUCCGUUUCAUGGAACCUCUAUCCAUGUUUUGCGCUAUGCCUCCAGAAUACAGAGGACAGCAGGUGAAGGAAGUGUUAAUACAGGAUUCAAAUGAACAAUGUCUUCCAAUGAUCUCUCAUGAGACCUUUCCAAAUCACUUAAACUUGGACAUCGGCAUGACAGUGUUUUUAGAUUGUCGGGCCAUGGCAGAACCCGAGCCAGAAAUUUACUGGGUCACUCCCCUUGGCAAUAAAGUAACUGUCGAAAGUUUCUCUGACAAAUACAAGCUGAGUAGUGAAGGCACCUUGGAAAUCUCCAACAUCCAGGUUGAAGACUCUGGGAGGUACACCUGUGUUGCUCAAAACAUAGAAGGGGCUGACACAAGGGUUGCCACUAUCCGGGUGAAUGGAACGCUUUUGGAUGGUACCCAGGUUCUGAAAAUCUACGUUAAGCAAGCUGAAUCACAUUCAAUCUUGGUUUCUUGGAAAGUUAAUUCCAACGUCAUGACUUCCAAUUUGAAAUGGUCAUCAGCCACUAUGAAGAUUGACAACCCUCACAUUACGUACACUGCUCGGGUCCCGGUUGAUGUACAUGAAUAUAACCUCACACAUUUACAACCAUCUACGGAUUAUGAAGUGUGUCUAACUGUGUCAAAUAUCCAUCAGCAAACACAAAAGUCCUGUGUUAAUGUUACAACAAAAAAUGCAGCUUUUGCGCUAGAUAUUUCAGACCAAGAAACCAGCACUGCCCUCGCAGCAGUAAUGGGAUCCAUGUUCGCUGUCAUUAGCCUCGCCUCCAUUUCUGUUUAUAUUGCAAAAAGAUUUAAGAGAAAAAACUACCAUCAUUCAUUGAAAAAAUAUAUGCAAAAGACUUCUUCAAUUCCACUGAACGAGCUCUACCCUCCACUUAUUAAUCUCUGGGAAGGUGACAGUGAAAAAGACAAGGAUGGUUCUGCAGAGACCAAGCCAACCCAAGUUGACACAUCCAGAAGCUAUUACAUGUGGUAACUCAGAGGAUAUUUUGCUUCUGGUAGUAAGGAGCACAAAGACUUUUUUGCUUUAUUCUGCAAAAACGAGAAGUUGAAGACUUUUGUAUUUUUGACUUUGCUAGUUUGUGGCAGAGCGGUGAGGACAGGUGGAUAUUUCAGAAUUUUUUAGUAUAGCGUAUCGCAAUUGUUUGACACAAAUGGCAGCUUCACCUGGCUUCCAACUCUUACUUCAUUUUUUUUUCCCAUUUUUUUUAGUUCUUGUGCUAAACUUAAUGCUGGUCUAACUACAGUGCUGAAUAAGAUUAAUGAGAGGCUGGGGUUACCCUGUGAUUCAAAAGUAGCACAACCCCAUUCUUCCAAAGCCAUCAGUAGAGUACAGUAUCUUGCAAAGCUAACAUACAGUUUUGAAACUGCAUUGAACUAGGUUUGUAACACUGGUCUAAGGACUCAUACACGGAGAAACGGAGACCUUGAAUGAUGUUAGUUGACUGUACUGUAAUGUUGUAUCAACUGAUUUGAAUGUUUUUGACUUUGAACAAUGAGUUUUCUUUUUUCUUUUUAUUUUUGUAGUAGUUGAAAAGGCUUAGGCAAAGCUAACAGGCAAUAGAGAUAUUUACAUCCAAUUUUUUAAAUGUAACAGACUAAAUGUUAAUUGUUCUCUUAUUCUUUUUAUUAUAUUUAGUAGACACUUUUGAAGAAUACUAGAGUUUUGUUGUGUUUAAAUCACCAACACAUGGUGUUUAAUGAAGGCAGAGCUAUAAUAAAUUUAGUUUUGUUCUGAUUUUUUAUUUUAGAAGUCACAAUAAUGUAUUGGGUCUAGAUGUCACUAGUUUGACUGGUGAUCAUGUUUUGACAUAAAAUAUAUCCAAAAUGUUAUAUAAAAAUACUGUGUUUUUUUCUUGAUGGAGUUAUGUUUCAGUGAAGUUCCAAUUUUUUUUAUGCAUUUAUUUUAAUAGCAGUGUUUUCUCUGCAUUAGAUACAAAAUAUUGAAAAUAAUUUAAUCAGAAAUAUUUAUCGAUAUGGCUUUUGGACUGUAAGUCACAUGCAGAAUCAAAACUGUUUGGCAUAAGAUACACAGCAAAAAUUAUUCACAAAUGUGUAACAAAACAUCUUCCUUUUUGUAUACUUUUCUGUUUAUAUUUUGAGCUAAGAUACAAAUGAAGCUGACAUUUAGCUGUCAUUGUGAUCAGUUAGGAUAAAAUAACCCAACUCAGUGCUACCAAACUGAAUAAAACAGUUGAAUCCUGGCAUAUACUUUAAAAAAAAAGAAAAAGUGGAUUGGAUUAACAUUCCUUCAAAAGCAGAAAUUAUGAUAGCUAAAACUAACAAGACAGUAAUGCGUUUGGGUCCAACGCUGAACUGUAUUUUUUACAGGCUUAAAAUUAACCAGUACUUUUAAGCACUUUGCUGAAUUAAUAUGUUACAAGUGCAAAAACUCAGAAAGCAGUGGUGUUUCUAUGUGUGCACUGGGUAUAAUAUAAAUGCAUAAUUUACAGUUGAACCUAUAAAAGCUUUGUAUGUUGUCUUUUCUGAAUCCAUGGAAGUUUUCUGCAGGAACUGCACAUGAGGCACAGCAGGGUGGGCUUCUGGUGAAGUACGUGGUUACAGGUAUAACAGCAAGCACAGAAUUUUCUACACUUUAUGACCACUAUCAAUGUGCAACUUUUUACAUGUUUUUACAUACCAAUUACGUUCUUGGUAAGUAAAAGUUAAUUGUUAAAAUACUGGAUGUGCCUGCGUUUUGGAGCUGUUUGAAGUUUUUUUUAACUCGCUCGCUUCGCAAAUAUAUCAAAGACCCCUCCCAAAAUUUACAAAUAGCUUCAAACUUCUUUUUCCCCUUCAGCCAACUGUCUAAAAGUGAAAAAGUUAUCAGCAUAGUUUCACUAAUAAGCUACUUUGGUACAAAAACUUCAGUACGUCUCUUUGAUAUAUGGCUUGUUGAGCUUGCCUUUCAAUGUAAAGCUGAGUGAAGCUAUUAAUUAUGCAUUUAAAUGAAGUACUUAUGCUGCUACACACAAUCUUUUAUAUGUUCAUGAGAGCUCAUACAUUUUUAAUCAUGUGACAUUUAGGUGUUGGAAUUAGGCAAGUGGCUUUUGAUCAUGGAGAAGUAGCAUGGUGGAAGCAUUUAUUUGUCACCUUCUCCUGUAUUUGUUGCUAAAGUUAAUGGGAAAUUUCCUCUUGCCUUCUCCAGAAGAGCUUCAGAGCAAUAAUUAUCAUCUCGUCUGUAUGCUAUUCUAACCUUAAAACUGCCUCUAUUAUUAUAGCAGGCAUGAUGAAUUAAAACUGAGAUGCUUUUUGCCAUGAAGAUUCACUGUACAUUUUUCCAGAGAAAAGGACACAGUCAGGACAAGGUUGACAGCAAAAUUAUGGCUUCCAACUUGCAUGACAUCAUUAAAUUGUCUUUAGAAAAUAAUUAAUUGAACACGCCCCUUUCUCUAUCGUCUCCUCAGCUUCCAGCAGCAUUUGAACAGCUGUACUAUAAAUAGUAACAAAGAUCACAGAAAGCCUAUGGUGCUUUACCUGAGCCUCCUAUCAAACUUGUGGAAGAAUACAUCACUUUGGGUCCAAGGUAUUGGUAUUACAGUCACUGUAAACCAACCUAAAUAUGGGUCUGCCCUCUAAAGUAGCUUUUCUCCCUGUUCCCACCACCUGUCCUCAGUUACAAACAACUUAGAGAACUGUUUGCCUUCUCACCAUGCUUAUAUCAACCAGUCCCCGCUGGUGGAGACAGACCACACCAAGAUCUUUGCUCUGUGCCUGCGUGGCUGGAUUGGCUAACACUUGGUUAACACCUUCAACAAUUUGGGCCGUUUCAGAAACGGAAUGGCUGGCAAAAAGGAAGUGGCAGGGAUAUGUGGCCAAGAAACAGGAUGAAGCAGCACUCAGCAGUUUGAUCAGCAAUUGCCGACAGCAGCUGGGGUAGGGGAAGUAAAACAAUGUUUAACGUGUCCCUUUGCACUGGGGAAACAAUGGGCUUAUGUUCCCUGCCGAUCUGUUUGGAAGUUUUAUGUCAUUUGUUAUCCUUUUAGAGCAAUGCUGUUCCAGAACAGCAGGAGAAAAUGGCCUUUUGACAGCCAUAUUUCUCCAGGAUGUGCUGAUAUGCAGUAUUUCAGGGUAGAUGAUGUCACUGGGACUCUGGGGGAGAGAUGCAGCUUGCAUGAGAGCAGCAAGAAGCACCUAGUUAAAGCAGUAUAUUCCGCACGCACAACCAUCAAUGCUAAGUAUUUUCAGCCUUGUAAUUUGACCCCUCAGAAUUCUGUACAGAUCCCCUGGAAAGUUAAAAUUCGGCUAAUGAAAGCAAAAAAAAGUGGGUAAGAGAUUAAUCGUAUGUGGCAUAUAAUCUUAGUAAAUAACCUUCAAUCUUGUGCUAGCAAUUUUGUGUUUGCAGUUUACUGUGUCCAAAAAUAAAGAUACUCUGCCUAAUUGCCUUCAAAAUGGAUUUACAUCUGCUAUUCACUGAUGACAAAACCCCAUUCCCAGUUUGCUCAGAAUCAGAGACUGAGACUGGACACAUAAAAAAACAGUAUGGGAAAAACCAUUGUUAUCUUUCAUUGGGCCAACAAUUUAGAAAUGUUGUGCAAGAGUAGAUAUUUCAUACCCAACUAAACUUCUGCAGUGUUACUUCCACUUGGUUGCCCAAUAAUGAAAUAUUUCAGUCCCCUGAAGAGUAAAUAGCUCACUGAAGUGUGGCAUGCAGUACUGCAGCUAAAUCCACUUUUCAUUUCCUCACCUAAAUCCUAAUAUCCUAAUGAAUUCAGAGAGGAUAUUUUCACCCAUGAGCUGAGACUUCCUACCAGACUUGGUCUUGGAAUAAGGUGCACAAAUACACAGACACUUUCAUAGAGCUACGAUCUGCCAUCCAGUCCUGCCUCAUAAGUAUGUACUUAUUCAGUUACUAAAAGAAGGUUAUGAAAAGACAAGGCCAACAGUUUGGACCACUGGUUUCAUAGAUGGGUUAAAACUGAAAACGGGUCAGCCAAUCUGAGAUCCAGUGAGAAGCACAUAAACUUGUCCUAAUACCAGUGACAAACUGGUAUGUAUGUGAUAAAAGGAGCAUCCUUCUGAGUCCAAAUAGGCAACUCCUUUUGAUUUGUGGUGGCAAACAUGAAAACAAGACUGAGGACAAACCACUGCAACGAAAUUCCGAAAAUUAAGCGGGAUAAGCAGCUAGGGGCUACUUCUGCUACAUCUCCAUCAUAGCUGAUGCACCCUUUAUAGGAACAGGACAAUUCCCUUGGGGCAUAUCCCUUUCUAAUCAUCUCACUAUCCUCCAAAGCAUUAUGAUUGACAUAUGCACAAUGGGAAAGUCAUGGUGGAAAAGCACACAGCCAUAAGGGACCAGUGCUGGAGGAGCUAUUUCACAAUCCACCCAAGACACUAGGCGUAGCUGUUUAUUAUACUGUGAUCCUGCUCCACAACCCACCACCAAAAUCAAUGCCAUGAAUCUGUGCUGCAACUGGAACGUGCCUUCUCACAAACACUGUGCCAACAGCACAAGUGCUACAGCCCCAGCAUCUACAGCUACGGAAACCCCAAGACUGAAGAACCAGGUGAACAUGCUACCAUUGAACUUCUUUCUUCAGGAAAAUCCAGAGUGCCCGAGCUGGAGAUAUCGAAUGCUGAUACACAUAGCCCUUGUUAAAAUACUGGCACUGUAUCCCUGCAAAAAAAAGAAUGCCGCUACCAAAACCCUUAGAUAACAUUUCUUUGCAGUGUCAUACAGAAGUGAAUGUGUUUCCUCUGAACUGUCAACCUUUUAAUCUUCUCCUUUUCUGUUCUUUCCAGCUAUUGCAAUUUUUUACAUUUGAGAACUUUUAUCCACCCACUCUCUCUUAUGUUUGCUCUGUAGUGAGCCUUUCCCUGGUCUUACCAUCCCCCACGCCCUUCUGCCAUUCAAGGGCAAAGCCUUUACAGCCUUGGCCAUCACGCGAUUGCAAGACGUUACACUAAAGGAGUUUUCGUUUGUAUUUAACUUCGCAGCUACCUGUUUUCUCCGCCAACCAUUCUCCCAUCACCUAAUUCUUACUCUUGUUUUUCUUCCAGCCAUUUCCAUUUGGAGACCUCAAUUGCAGUUGACUGUCAGUAAGAGUCAGAUCAAGGACACGUUUCCAUCAGGCAGCGUGUCAGUGCUACCCUGCUGCCUCUCCAUUUACUACUAAUGCACAGAACUUUCACUUCCACUUAGCAAAAACCAUAACCGUCUUCCCAUGUCUCUCUGCUCCAGUUCGUUUCCACCCUUAUUCAUGAGCACAUUAUGACCCUCUAUUAUGUUUUCUACUGGAAUGAAAGCAACAAAAGACUGAUUUUUCUUUCUAGUAAGGAAAAAAGAGAUUAACUAUAACAUCUGUAGUGUUGUAUCUUUAUGUCAAGUAGACCAAAGGAAUGCUGAAUCAUAAUAAGAGUCAUAACAACAGUUUUUGAAAUACAUGAAAAUACAUACUUUGGAAAAGCUGGAAUGGAUCAUUAAGUAAAAUUUUGAAAAGCAACUAAAUGACUUGCGAGCUUACAUCUCAAUAACUUCAGUGGUAGAUUAGGUGCAAAAUCAAGUACAUCAGAUUUUUCUGAAGCGCAUCUGGAAGUAUUAACUUUCCUUAAAUUCUAAGCAGCUCUGAAAUGUUUUCCGUGGAAUUGUAUAAUAUGGAUUUUUUCUUCAAAAAUCAAUUGAAACCAUAAUUCUGAACUCAGUUAAGGGGGUAAAAGGAUGUGAUUUCAAUUCUGUCAUCCUCAGCAGAGUUACUGAUUUGCAGUGAUCUAAACAAGGUUUAUAUCCUUGUGGGAGUUUCAGAUUUCUGCUCACAACUGGAGUAAAAGUUCUCAGUAAAAACCAAGCUUUUACUACUGGCACCUAUUCUGCUGGACUUGAUUCCAAGCGAAAAUUGUUGUAUCAGAAAUGAUCAGGGUGGAGAAAAAGAAGAAAGAUCACUGGAAUAUUGACUACUUUCGGUUUUGAACAAGAACAUUUAAUGCUAACAACCCCAAAGACUCUGCAGUGUGUUUAAGGACUAUAUGCGACCUAAUAGUGCAGGUCAUGAACAAACUCAUUGCUCUGAAACACGAACAAGAGAAAGUGAAAGUGUUCAUAACUAAUCCUUUUGGUUUCAGGUAUAACAUUACCCUUUUAUCCCUCAUAUUCCAUUUGAAGGGUUCUCUAUACAAUAAUAGAAAAGGAUUCUACAUCCUAUACUCAGUGACGUGUUUGUCUUUCACUGCAAAUCAAAGCACACCCAGAGAAUACAGAAGAUGUACAGCCAGCUGCUGCAGUCUGGAACAAAUGCUUUCAGCCAGAGUAGGAAUAAACAGCCCCAAUCCAAGCGUUGGAGAUUUCAGUGGCAAGACGUGAUUCAGAUGGAUACCUAUUUAGGCUGCCAUGCAAUGCCAUGCACCUCUGGAAGCCACAGUCCGUAACCAGAAACAGAUUAUGGAUGUAUGUUACCUUUUGCUAAAAAAUAAACAUGUCACCUAUUUCUGUCAAAAGGUACAGCAGUUUUUGUUAGGUUGGUUCUUGGAGAUCCGUGCUGUGCCCAAAUGCCAAAUACUCUGGUAACUGCUAAAAAUCACACUGUCUUAAAAUUAAGCAGUUGUGCAAAGCAGUGCCUCAACUCUGAGCAUUCCCACAGGAGAAAAGAGACCUUGCUCCUAAAGCAGCAACACAAACAUCCUCAGCCUUUGCUUUUGUUGUAUCACCAAAACACAAAAAUUACCCAAUUUCCUCUGAAUUUGAUCAGGAACAUGCUAAUACUGCCAGAUAGUCCCCUGUGAGUAGGGCUGGAUGCAGCCGCACUGCUAACAGCAAAGGCUGCGCGGCAUCUCUCUCCACAUAAGACAUGGUGUUGAGCGGUGGGGGAAGCUCGGGUCACAUAUGUCCUUAGUGUGGCAUCCCCUUGGCCUUCAGUAAACCUGGACGAACCUGCUGUAUCCAUGUGCCUGCACAGUCCUUAAAUGACAUUUUCCAGAGGACAAGUGUGCUCCUUCCCCACGCUCAGGAGCUCCAGUUCACUUAAGGAGUCAACUGCUGAAUAUUUUGUGUUCUCCUUGCUGCUCUGCAGGUUCUCCAGUGCCUCAUUUGCAGCAACCAUCCCCCGUGGGAGCUGGUGCUCUUCAGUGUAUGCUAUUAAAACACUCUGCAAACAUGCAACUGAAUUCAGCUCCAAAAUAUUACUGCAGGAAAAGGAGAACUACAUAAACAGAUUAAGGCCAAGAGGUUUGGGGGCCUAAUUUCAUUUCUCCAGCCCCAGCGCUUUCGAGACUAUUUUAUGUUCAAACGUAGCUGCCGUGACACUUCUAUGUAACCAAUGAAGAGGAUGUAAUCCAUAUUGCUCAUAAAUAAAGACCUGUUUUUCUGACUUGCCUCACAUCCUGGAGGAGCUCUGGUCAGUGGGAGGCCAGGAUCCACUUCUAAAGAGCAGCAUUCACCUGCUUGAAACUUGAAAACAUCCUUGUCCCACGUUUUCCAGCCUCGCUCCCUGUGCACCCUUCAGCUUUGAGACAUGAACCAAAGGCUAAGCAGACAUGAGAGCAGCCUCCUUUCCUAUGCACACUUGAUUUAUACCUUAAACAAGUCCACAGGGAACAAACCCAUUUGGAAAAGCUGCUCCACAAUGCUGUAAUGGGAUGAUCACAUACAACAUGUGUGCAUUAGGGAAUGGUAGGAAAGCAAUAUUUACACAGACUGCCACAAGGAUUUUCUUCCCAUGCAGCUUUGAUAAUUUAAUAGUUCUCCUUUUCUGUUUGAUUUCUGUGUACCGCAUAAUUUAUAUGCAACAUACACAUAAUGGCAUAUAAAAAAAAAUUACAAACCAGACUUUCUAUCCAUACCAGUACUGACACGAAUCACAGCACAACUGAGACGUCCGUGUUUGUAUGAAAGCUGAUGCAGCACCUGCUAACAGCAGACACGCACUGAAGAGAAACGGGCACUGCUCAGUAAGUUUCACAGACAGAACAGCCAGAUGCAACAGUGCUACGUUCUGGACUUCACAAGUACACUUUAGGGACCACUUUUACUUACUCUUCCACUCUGGUCACAGCCUGCUCCUGCCUCUCUGAGCCUUCCUGUUCUUCUCUCAUAACACUCCAAGCCACAGUCCACCACACCCAGUAGCCAGGUCCAGCCUCCUUACCCAGCCCAUUGCUUUUGGUCUGAGUCUUCUCAGACUCCCAUUCACAUCCUUCCCUUCUCUGUCCUCCCUCCAGUACACAAGGCGCUCUCUCUUUAAGAUGAAUAGAAAUACUUCUCUU